AUGCCGCUAGAACAUUCACCAGUAAGAAAUAUGCUAGAAAAUCAAAACCAAGUGGACCAACUGCAAGAAGGUCAGAAUGUUCCACUUCUGAGUCGAAGCCGAAACAGUAAUACUCCAACCGGACAACAUUCAAGGUCCAAUUCGUCCGCUUCAUUUCACGGAUUCAAUUGGGAGGAGGGAAUGGAGCUGGAGUCGAUGCGAAAAUUGAAGGGCUUGUUCCGGCAGAGAGGACAGAUCGAACAGAAGCUAGUGAGGAUUCAGUUGACUUUGCGGACGCAGAGUAGUAUGACGUUAGCCCAGUUGCAGUGCGCGGAGAAGAAACUAGUUGUAAUCUACAGCGAGUUUAGCCACUUCCAUAGUGAAAUCAUGGCCUUGAUUCCUGAUGAAGCAUCGGAUGAGCAAGAUGAAAUUUACUGCACUUUUGAGGAUCGUCAUACCGAGUUGUCGAAUCACAUCCAGGAAAGAAUCAAUGCUGCUACUCAAAUGCAAACCGUGAGUUCAUCUGUUUCCCCACAGGUUAUUAUUCAGCAGCAGCCGUUGAAAGCACCUAUUCCUACAUUCGACGGUAAUUAUGCUAAUUGGCCAAAAUUCAAGGCGAUUUUCCAAGACCUGAUGGCACAGUCCGGGGACUCAGAGUCAUUAAAACUGUACCACCUAGACAAAGCAUUGAUUGGAUCCGCAGCAGGUAUAUUAGAUGCAAAAAUAAUCAACGAGGGUAAUUAUAAGCAAGCGUGGAAGGUGCUAACAGACCGUUACGAAAACACGCGUGUAAUCGUUGAGUCACACAUUCAAGGAUUGCUUACCCUAAGAAAAAUGUCUCAAGCAACAUUCAAAGAAUUGGAUGGCUUGCUAACUGAAGCAACCGGUCAUGUUGAAGGCCUACGGUACCAAAAACAACAGUUAACGGGAAUCUCCGAGCACAUCGUGGUGCAUCUUAUCGUCAGUGCCUUGGAUAAUUCGACCCGCAUGGCUUGGGAACGUAUCCAGCAAAGAGGUGUGCUCCCGAAAUACGAACAAACAAUCUCCUUUCUCAAAACCAGUUGUCAAGUGCUGGAGCAGUGUGAAUCGUCGCAAGCUUUCUCCCAACGAACCGCCGUAAAACCAAAGUUUUCACCAGUCAACAACAAAAUGCCAUCGCUCAAGACUAACGCAGUUACUUCAAGUUCCAGCAAGUCUUCAGGUUCCUGCCACUUUUGUGGAGGUUCACAUCUUAACUUCCAAUGUGAGGAAUUCAAGCAGCUGACAGCAACUCAAAGGGCAGAAAAGGUUCGAGCAAAAGGUUUGUGCUUCAACUGCCUCCGGAAGGGACAUCAGUCCAAACAGUGCACGUCUAACAACACGUGUCGAAAAUGCAGCCGCAAACAUCACACCAUUCUCCACGAUGAUGCUGAAAGGAACAGCAGUCAGGAUUCAAAGGCCGACAUUGCCGCGCCAAAGCAACCUGUCGCGAAUAAUCAACCAACUGUUGUUCAACCUUCUGUUUCGGUGGUGGAUAAACCAGUAUCCACUACAUGCUCAAGCAAUCACGUUUCAACAUCAAAGACCGUAUUGCUGUUGACUGCUGUCGUUCAAGCCAUUGAUGAACAUAGCCAGUCCCACCCUUGUCGAGUCCUACUUGACAGUGGGUCUCAAGUUAACUUCGUCACCGAGAAAAUGGCAACCCGCCUCGGUUGUUCUAGAAUGCCAGCAAAUGUAUCAAUCACUGGAAUCAAUGCCCUGAGAAGUCUAGCUCGUGAUAAGGUGUUCGUUAAAUUCCAAUCGAGCUACGGAGACUUUCAAGCCAACAUCGAGUGUCUGGUUACAACCAAGGUAACUGGAACUAUUCCUAACCGAACGAUUGAUUUCAGCUCCUGGGAACUUCCUGAAGGCAUUCAACUCGCCGAUCCACAUUUCUUCCAGCCAGAAAAGGUUGACAUGUUAAUCGGGGGAGAAUUGUUCUUUGAUCUUCUUAAGCCCGAUCAAAUAAGUCUUGGUGACAAUUUACCACAACUUCGAGAAACUCAUCUUGGAUGGGUGGUAGCUGGAGUAAUAAACGAGCCGUACAUUUCGAAUGCGGCUAUUCAACACGUCAACCAUGCUUCGAUCGAUUCCAUCGAGGAAAUGAUGCAUCAAUUUUGGAAGGUGGAGGAAGUACCAAACGCAUCUCCAUUUUCAUCCGAACAGCUGUCCUGUGAAGCCCAUUUCCUGUCGACAUACAAGCGCGAUGCAACGGGUAGGUUUGUUGUAAAACUACCGUUUAAAGAAAACCUCAACCGGUUGGAUAAUUGCCGUUCUUUGGCACUCAAGCGAUUCCUUAUGUUAGAAAAACGAUUGGAGCGUAAUCCCGAGCUGAGGCAGCAAUACAACGAUUUCAUAAGGGAGUAUGAAGACCUCGGCCAUUGCAGAGAAGUUAAGGGAGCUGAGGAUCCAGGUAAUAUGGAUACGUACUAUCUGCCGCAUCAUGCAGUAUUACGACCGUCAAGCUCAACCACGAAGUGCCGCGUCGUAUUCGAUGCUAGUGCCAAAAUGGACCCAUCAAAACUAUCGCUCAAUGAGGUUCUUCAAGUAGGACCAGUUGUACAGAAUGGCAUAUUCUCUAUUACGCUGCGAUUCCCUUGUGCGCCAUACCAAGCAACAAGGUGUUUGGUACAACUUGCCAAGGAAGAAGGUUCCGAGUUUCCCAUCGGCUCUCGAAUCUUGACUGAGGACUUUUACGUUGACGAUGCGCUUUCUGGCGCUAACACGUUGGAAGAAGCUCUCGAAAGCCAACGUCAAUUAAAAGAACUGCUAACCAGAGGUGGUUUCCAUAUUCACAAAUGGUGCUCCAAUUCGGCAGAGUUUCUAGAGCACAUUCCACCAGCCGACCGAGAAAGGAAGGUUCCUUUUCAUGAGUACGGAGCAAAUGAAGUAAUAAAGGUGCUUGGAUUGUUGUGGGAUCCUGACGGCGACGUCCGCAUGAUAGCCAAUCCGCCGAAAUGUUCUUUUCCGGAUGAUGAGCUAGCCACGAAACGAAUGAUUUAUUCCGAGGUGGCAAAAUUGUUCGAUCCACUCGGACUGUUUGCACCAGUAAUUGUCAUGGCCAAACUCUUGGUACAGCAGCUUUGGAAAAUAUCAGCUGGAUGGGACGAUCCCAUCGACGAAACCAUCCGCGAAAAUUGGGCUACUCUGCGCGCAUCCCUUCCAGACCUUGGACGCAUUCACGUUCCAAGGUGUGUUAUGUUCCCGAAUGCGAUUGCAUAUGAGUUGCAUGGUUUUUCCGAUGCAUCGAACGUAGCGUACGGUGCAUGCGUCUACUUGAGAAGUAUUUUCACCAAUGGAUCCGCCAACCUACGUCUUCUAUGCAGCAAGUCAAAGGUUGCCCCAUUAGACGAUGUCUCCAUUCCUCGUAAAGAGCUCUGUGCCGCUCAGCUGCUUUCGAAAUUGAUCAGCCAGGUCGUUCCCGCGCUUCAAAUGAACUUUCGAGAAGUUGUUCUCUGGUCGGACAGCACCAUUGUUCUGGCAUGGCUGAAGAAACCGUUAGAUCAACUUCAGACGUUCGUAAGGAAUCGGAUUGCUUUGAUACGAAAGGAUACUAAUGAGUAUCGAUGGAGUUAUGUUUGCUCGGCCAAUAAUCCCGCCGAUAUCGUUUCUCGAGGAAAGCUGCCAGAAGAUUUAAAACAAAAUAUUCUCUGGUGGAGCGGUCCAAGGUUCCUGUGUGAAGUAGAAUAUGACGUUGAAGACACCGAAGAGAUUUUGGAGAAUCCACGUCAUAACCGUCGCACCAUGUGCUACGUUCUACGGUUUAUUCGAAAUUGCAAACGGCCAAAGUCUAAUCGUGUGAAGCAAGUACAUCUUUCCAUCGAAGAACUACGUCAAGCAUCCGAAGCAAUCGUCAAGGCGAUUCAACAAGCACAUCUUGGGGACGAAAUUAAGCGAGUGAUUUCCAACCAAACAUGCAAGCGUCUUGGUAACCUGCGUCCAGUGUAUGAAAACGGUUUACUACGAGUUGGAGGGCGAUUAGAUCGCUCAGUACUGCCGUUUGCUGCAAAACAUCAGUUAAUACUUCCCGAUAAAGAUCCUGUAACGAAAAAACUCAUUAGAACUUUGCAUAUGGAGCAUCUUCACGUCGGCCAGGCCGGUUUGAUCAGCAUCAUUCGUCAAAGGUACUGGCUUUUAAAUGCUAAAUCAACUGUGCGACAAGUAACACGAUCGUGCGUUACAUGUUUCCGAACAAAACCCGUUGAAACCAAACAGCUAAUGGGAAAUCUCCCUACCUCGAGAAUUGUGCCAUCACCACCGUUCGCAGUUACUGGCGUCGAUUAUGCCGGUCCAUUCAUGGUGAGGCAAAGUUCUUAUCGUCCGAAGCUUGUUAAGUCCUACGUCGCAGUUUACGUAUGUAUGGCGACAAAGGCUGUACAUUUAGAGAUUGUGUCCGACUUAACAACGGAUGCCUUCUUGGCGUCUUUGAAACGGUUCAUUAGUCGGAGAGGAAUGGUGCAGCAAAUUCACUCUGACAAAGCGACCAACUUUCAUGGAGCAAGCAACCAACUGCACGAGUUGUACCGACAGUUUCAGAAUCAACAAGAGGUGAAGAAAAUCCAGCAGUUUUGUGAAGUACGCGAGAUACAGUGGCAUUUCAUCCCACCAGACGCACCAGAGUUCGGUGGUCUCUGGGAAGCGGCGGUCAAGGCGAUGAAAACUCACCUGAAGCGAGUCGUAGGGAAUGCAAACCUCACUUACGAAGAAAUGGCAACCAUUCUAGCCGAAAUAGAAGCCAUUUUAAAUUCUCGUCCGUUGUUCAGUUUGUCCAACGAUCCUGCCGAUCCACAGGUAAUAACACCAGCUCAUUACCUCAUAGGUCGACCGUUGUCUGCACCAGCUGAGCCAUCUUUAGAAGACACCAAGGUGAGCCGACUCGAUAGAUGGCAACACCUCCAGCUCAUGCGUGAGCAUUUUUGGCGAGCGUGGUCAAGGGACUACCUUAAUUCUCUCCAACCACGUAAGAAGAAUACCAGAGCAACGUCGAACGUUCGACCUGGCAUGGUCGUUCUUCUCCACGAUAAGACGCAACCUCCGCUCAGCUGGAAACUGGGCAGAAUCACCAGAGUGUAUCCUGGUGACGACGGCUUAGUGCGAGCCAUUGACGUAUUUUCCAACGGAGCAACAUACCGUCGUCCAAUCAACAAGGUCUCGAUAAUUCCAAUCGAGGACAACGUCUGCUCUGCCCCGGUCCUUUUGUUGAUACGAAGUUUCAACCCGGGGGGAGAAUGUUCCAUCCGUCACGACAGCAACAAUAAGAACGCGAAUACAUAG